UAUUAUGUCUCUAGCGUCCGGAGUGCACCUUCUCUAGUUUUAAAAUAUACACUAAUCUCCCAUGAGUUUACAUAUACCAACAAAUUUUUUAAUGAUAAACAAAAAAACCGUAGGUAAAUGUCUUGUAUAUUUGUGAAUUUUGGCAGUCAUUAAAAAGUAGAGGGGGGGUGUUAUUGUCAUUUUAAUCGACCUCAUGGGAGGUUAAUGUAUAUUUUAAAACUAGAAGAGGUCAGUGUCAUUUUAAUAGACCUCAGGGAGUGAUUUGAUUGUAAUUUCCUCAUAAUAAUAUUAAGAGUUGCUAUAUUGUCUUUUAAUUCGAUAAACAAACAGUAAAAGCACAUAUUCUUUUUCUAAGAAUUUUACUUUUCUUGUCAAUGGAGUAGAGUAAAGUGCAUAAGUAUAGUUUAGUUGUGAGAUUAAAACUUUAGAAGUGAAGAAGAUAUGAAUAAAUCUCAAUUAAAGUGGAGGCGUAAUAUCUUUUUAUAAGCAUAUUUACUUAUCUUGCUCAUAAGGUAAAGAUAUGAAAUAGUAAAUUUUACUCAGAAGUAUGCAAACACUAGUGCACGAAGUCGUUCAUUAUAUUUAUAUAUUCACUUUGCAAGACCAUUUCAUCAUAUCACAUGAUGGCAUCCCAAACUACUCUUGAUGAGAAAUUUGAGGAGCUUCAAGAACCAAAGCUAAUGCACCAAAACUCACACCCCAAAAUCCAAAAGGUUGCUGAGUAUCUCCGAAACAGAAAAAAAUUUGAGAAGAAAUACUCACCCAAGUUGGUGUCAAUAGGUCCCAUCCAUCAUGACAGUCAAAAUCUCAAGUUAGGAGAGAACUAUAAGCUAACUUGGGCAGAAAGAUACAUCAAAACCACCCAACAAAGUCCACAAUUUCUACACAAAAAGAUUGCCGAUAGAAUUGAUGAACUCAAGGGUCUUUUUGCUGAUGAUGUUUUAGCUUUAGUCGAUACCGCGGAGUCUUUGAAAGGCUUCGACAGCCUUGAAGAAAAGCUGUCAUGGCUGCUGUUUGUGGAUGGAUGUUCUUUGCUGCAUAUUUUGGUGAAUGUGAAUCUUGAUCAACUUGAUGAACCGGAACAUCUGAGUAUUAAGGUUGAUCAACUUGUUCUUGUGAUGAUGGAUGUGCUUUUGUUGGAGAAUCAGCUUCCUUAUCUAGUACUGAAGCUCUUGUGGAAAAAUGGCAACGAGAAUGAAUUGAUCAAUGCUAUGACGAAUUUUCUCAAAUGUCAUCAUUGGGCCACACCAGAAACUAAGACCAGGAAGUGGCAAGACUUUCUAUUGAAUAAGAGUAAAGAAAAUGAGAAAAAGGGAAAAGAAGAACAUCCUAGUCAUACAGUACUGUAUUUACCGAAUGAGUCACCGAUUCAUCUUCUCGAUCUUCAACGCAAAAUCAUCCUCACUAAAUCAAAUUCCAAGACCGAAGCUAGGAGUGAAGCUAAAGAGAAGAAGAAACCAAGUGGAAAAAAUUCAGACGAGAAAAGCAAGAUGAUGACAUACAGGAACAUACAAGAUCUAAGAGCAGUCGGUAUAAAACUUAAAUCAAGCGAGACGCGAAGGCCAACAGACGUACAUUUCACGGAGGGUUGGUUCGCUGCAGAACUGACUCUUCCUGAGAUUGUUGUGGACGAUACCACCGCUGCUACUUUCCUGAACCUGAUUGCGUAUGAGAUGUGCCCGGAUUUUAAGAACGACUACGGGAUAUGUUCAUUUGCGGUUUUCAUGGAUUCGCUCAUUGACCAUCCUGAAGAUGUGAAGGAAUUAAGAUCAGAAGGCAUUUUGCUGAAUUCACUUGGAAGUGAUGAAGAAGUUGCUGAGCUUUUCAACACCAUAAGUACUGACUUGGUACCUAACUCGGAAACAUAUUCUGAUGUUAGAGCUAAAAUACAUGAGCAUUACUGUAAUAAAUGGAAGACAUGGAUAGCCCUUGGUUAUCACACUUAUUUCAGCAAUCCUUGGGCUAUUAUCGGUUUCCUUGCUGCGUUUGUCGCAGUUGCUCUCACGUUGGUUCAGACAUGGUUUACCAUUUACCCGCCCUAGCUAGCUCAUAAAUAUGUUCUCAAAGGAUUGUGUUGAAUUUUUUUUGUUACUUCUUGAGUCUUGACUAUGAGUAUGUCAUAAAUGAAGAGUGCCUUUUGCUUUGUGUGUGAUUGUGUCUGUCUGUUUUUUUAAGAGGUGUUUGGUUGGAUUGAAACAUGUAAUUUUCAAAAUUCAAGAUUCUUUAUUCAAAUUAUUGUUCUGAUUGAUGAUUUAGGUGUUUCUAUAUUGUUGUGAUUAUUGACUCAUGCAUUGAAAAAAGGAUGAGAUUGUGCUCGCAGUGUUAGGGGGAGUUAUAUGCAAGAAUCAAUGAGCAGCCAUAGCUCUUGUACAAUCAUGAACUAGACUGGCAUUGAAACACUUCCGCCACGACCAUGCGGUAGAUUGGAUUGAUUUGACUACUUUUUUUUGUAUAUAGUUUCUGUCAACUUCAUGCUUAAACACAACCAUGCAAGCAUUAAUACCUUUGUCCAUUAUUUUAAAGAAAGAGCCUCUAACCAGAAGAUCAAUGAGAUUAUUCUGAGCAGACCACAACUGGAACUCUUGCAUAUGACUUUUGUUAGGAGAAUGCCUUUCUCUAUGCUCAUGAGCACCCAAAAUGGAGUUGAAGUCUCCUAGCAAGCACCACAGGACCG